CACUUUGGUCGAAAGCUGGAUUCAGGAGCACUCUCCGUAGAUCUGCUUGUUGGAGGCUUGGAGGGAGGGAGGAGACCCUUUUAAUUUCAUUCCAUUGGAAGAAGCGACAAGUACUACAAGUAAUUGUGAGGCUCUGAAUCUGACGCCGUGCCGUGCCGUGCCGUGCCGUGCGUGCAGUAACAAAAUUGUCUCACCGGAUUCUCACGGGAACAGGCUUGUUGGCCUGAAUGGAACCUGCAAGGAGCACAACGUCGGCCGAGGGCGCAGACAUCUGCUUGAACGACCUGGACAAUCCGUCGACUCAACUGGCGAUCGACGCGUCAAGCUAUCCCAACAUCGACUUGGACAACCUGGACCUGGACCAGCUACUUCCCCCCAGCUCCCCUGAAUUGGCCAUCGACGGGUCAAGCUCUCCCAACAUCGACUGGGCCGCCGCCCUGGAAAACAUACCUCUAUAUAUCGGUCCGUGCCCUGAACCUGAAGUGGCAACCAUCGCUCCAAGUUCUCCCUCCAUCCUCCCCUCAGAUGCCGAAACCACCAUGGCGUUGGCGUCCCAAGGUGCGAUGAGUCGCUCAGAUUCGGAUGAGCAGCUCCAUCGCGACAACACCUGUCUUCAAGUGGCGACCAUCGCUUCACGCCCACUCAGCCCCUAUGCUUCUGCUGCCCCGACCUUCACCUCAGAUGCCACAAGCAACAGCGGAGCGCCUCUGCGCCUGCCAAGUACAAGCACCACGCCGUCCCAAGGUGCAGGCGUCAAAAAAAAUGAAGAAGCUUUAGCCCUUCGUCUGGAUGAGCUGACGAUCACUAUACACUCCAAGCUGUGUAAACUGGAGUGUAAAGUGCAGCUUCUUUCCUCCAUGAUGCAUGACCUAAUUGUCAAGUCGACGCUGAUGACCCGCUGGCAAAAGAAGGAGCAGACGAUCACAUAUGUUUCAAGCAUUCCGCGCACAAAGUUCAGUAAUCCUUCAUACAAAAAAGCUAUACCGGAGAUAUUACAAGUAUUAAGAGCAGCCUGCAUCAUACACGAGCUACCAUUAGCACAAACAGGGGCCGCCUGUGGUCAACAAGGGAAACGGUGCAGACGCCACUCAGAUGAGAACUGCCGAUACUGCAUCUCUACCAUUGAUGCAGCAUGCCACGUGAAUGACCCUCGGGUGCAGAUUUUCCAUGAGGCCUGCUCUGAGCACCACCUUCUGCCAGGGCAAGGGGUUGCAGGGAAAGCCUUCACCACAAACCAGCCCUGCUUCCUACCAGACAUGGGAUCUUCAGGUGAACAGGAGUACCCAUUAUCUCACCAUGCUAAGAUCUUCAGGUUAAAAGGUGUGAUGGCAAUCCGAUUAAGAACCACACGCACUGGGACGGCAGACUUCGUCUUGGAGUUCUUCCUGCCGACAGACUGUGAAGCAGAAAAUGAGCAGAAGACGGUGCUGAAUUCCUUGUCGGGAACCGUGCAAAGUCUAUGCCGAACACUACGCAUGGUUACAAACAAGGAGAUGCAGGACGACGCAAUGUGGGAAAUGAAUAAGAUCAGCUCGCUUGGUCUUCUGAAGAACAAGAAGGUGAAGAAAAGAAAACCAAUGGCACGAAGAUCACCUGUGUGGAAAAGCUUUACAGAGAUCAUAGUUGGAGAUACUGCUAAGGCUAAGUGCAACCAUUGUGAUCUUGAGCUUUGCUGUGAUUCAAAAAACGGUACAUCCUCAUUGAGAUCUCAUUUGAAAAGGUGCAAACUUAACCCCAAUAAUAGGAUCACGGGCCCCAUAUAAGCAAAAUACUGGGCACUUUGCAUCUGCGACAGGGGAUAGUAGUUACUGAAGCAGAGAAUAAUUUCAACUCAUGUUUUGUCUUGUGAUAUUUUACAUUGACGUUAAUUCUACCAUAAGUUUUGGUAUGUGCGGUGUUCGGAGGUUAUGAUUUGUUGGAUAGCUGCCUUUUUCUCGAGAAAAGUGUACGGUUAUGAUUUGGUGAACACUUUGUCAAUCUUAUAUUUCAUUUUUGCAUUGGCGAACUA